AUGUCUGGAGGCGCGUAUGACCGUCGCGGGUGCAGCAUCGCAGUCGACGUGGACGACGCCAUUGAGCGCAUCGUGAACGACUUCGAGAGCCGCGACGUGGCGCUGCGUCUGGACGUUCUGCGGGCUCUGAGUGCACAAGCGCGACUGGCGUUAGAGACUGCGCAAGUGCAAGAGCGUCUCUGUCAACACCCCGUGGCUAUGGACUUGAUCAAGGGCGUCACGAGUCAGUCGCUGGUGUACAAGACACUGGCGGAAACGGUGACGGUGGAAAGCUGCAGCUGUGACUACGACGUAAAGCGGAACGUGGUCAUGGCUACGAGCGUCUGUUGGACGUUGCCAAGCUCGGGAGCGACGGGGAAGAAGCGCAAGCAGUUGGCAGGAGCUCGGGCGAGAGACGAGCGGAAGAAGAUGUAUACGAAGUACAGGUUCGAGAGGACGAGGAGGCAGGAGAAGAAGGAGGGAGACGACGGGAUGGAGGUGUCGCUCGUCAAGUUCUCGGUUGUUGUGGCGUUUGGCGACGACGAUUUGUCGCCCAGGGAGCUGCUGUACUUUGAAUUGGCGUGCGAACAUCCGUAUCCCAGGAGUUACUACGAGGAUCAACGUCGUUCAGUGCUGUCGGGUGAAGAAAGAGAACAGGAAGAAGAGGAGGGCGACGACAAAGAGAGCGGGAAGGAGGAGGGUGAUGACAAAGAGAGCGGGAAGGAGGAGAAGCCGCACGCGGAAAAGAAGAGCGGUGAGGAGGAAGCGGACACGGCAGCAGGAGACGACGAGACGUUUGGGGAGGAACAGCGCGAGUUUCGUUUUGAUAACGACGUGCUGGCUGAUAUGGCCGAGUGGAUGCAGUCGGGCAAGAAAGAGCUGGACCCCGUCGACGUCGUUGGUUUUUUCAUGGCGUUGCCGGUGCAUGAGGACGAGUGGCUGAUUGACGAACGCGUGUGUGCGAUUCUGUUUCAAGGUGGAACAGAAGGCGACGGCAGUGAUGAAAGUGGCAGUGAGACCGAGGAAGGAAAGGGAGUCGAUGCGGCGGAACGAAUGGGAUUGUAG